AGGUGGAGACCUGACGUGCACGUGAGGACUUCCUUCAGGUCUGUCCUUCAGCUACACAAGGAGUCUCUAACAGACACAUGUCCGACUGACGGAAACUGUAGUGGGCGGCGUCAACAGGUAUGGCUGACAGUCGGACCGCCUACCGCACACCGCCGGGAAAUUAGCACCUGUGUUUAUAAAGUGUGAGCGGCUUUACAAACUGCGGGAUGCGGGCGCGUUGCUCGCACCUUGGGGACAACGAGCCCGGCCGGUGACGGUUUCCGUACGGCAGGGCUCAGUCACCGGGAGGUCUGCAGCCUCUGUACGGGCGCCAUGAACAACACCACCGCCUUCCACCCGCCGCGGCACGCGGUGCCGGGCUGGGCCUUUAACGUGCUCGGCACAUAUGUUCUCUGUAUCGGAUUAUGCAAUCUCAUCGGCAACACGUUCGUGCUGCUGGUGUCGUAUUACCGGCGCAAGAAGAUCAAGCCUCCCGAGGUCUUCACCAUUAACCUGGCGGUCAGUGACCUGAUGCUGCUCCUGUGUGCUUACCCGUGGAUGGUGGCGUCAAGCUUUAACCACGGCUGGCUGUUCGGGGACGCAGGCUGUAUUUCUUACGCAUUCUUCAGGUUCAUGCUGGGCCUGGUGAACAUCGCCAACAUCACUGCUCUGGCUUUGGUUCGGUACCUGAAGGUCUGCAGGUCAAAGCAAGUGACGGACAUGUCGUGGACGUCAGCAUGGCUGAGCCUGGCGGGGACCUGGUUGUUCGGAGCCUUCUGGGCGCUGAUGCCGGUGUGCGGCUGGAGCCGGUACACCCGGGAACCGUUCGAUGUCGCCUGCACGCUGGACUAUAAAACCGCGCAGGACAGCCGCGAAGGCGGCAUCAAAACGCUGACAGGAGCGGCUGACGAACCCUGUAAUCUGGUGACUCGAAGCGCGGCCUUCAUGAUGACUCUGUUCGCCUUCUGCUACUUCAUCCCUGUCGCCAUCAUCACCUUCUGCUACAUCUGCAUCGUCCGCACCGUGCGCUCCUCGCGGCAAUCCCUGAACUGCAGCAACUCCAGCACGGACGACAAGCGCGGGGCAGAGAAGAAGUUGACUAAGAUCGCGGUGAUGGUGGGUGUGGGAUUCAUCCUGGCCUGGACGCCGUACUCGCUCGUCUCGCUGUACGCCACGUUCGGCGACCUGCCGUCCCUACCGGUCAUCCUCAGCAUCCUGCCCAGCAUGUUCGCCAAGUCCGCCAGCAUCUACAACCCCAUCAUCUACUUCUUCAUGAACGACUCCUUCCGUCGGGACGUCACCGCCAUGAUCAAGUUCAGCAUCCCCAAGCCGGGAUCGACCACAGGUUCGCAGAGCGCAUGGGAGAAGACUCCGACCGGCCGACAUCUCACCUCCCCGCAGCGCCUCAUGAUGUCCGAGAUGGGCUCGUCCAAGCGUAGUGAUUCGCCAGCCAAGACCACCACCACCGCACUCGUCACCCAGGUGGACGGGCACGAAGCCCCAUCUACCUGGGUGUAAGGUCUCUGGCACACCGUGUCUGGCACGCCUACAUUGAGGUUUGGGUCCUGUCACACUUUUGUGGCAUGCUUGUUGUAUGGUCCAUUCAGAAACAUGUUUUGGAAUAACACGGUUUGGAAUGAAAUACAGGUCCUUACAUGUAGCUGGGUGUAGGGACCACAUGAUGCAAAGAUGGUUCAUAUUGCGACUGCAACGCGUGACCCCGGGUCACCUGCAUGGGAUCAGUGAUGGACCAGAGAAAAGACUAGUACCACAAUGGUACCCUGGUUACCUUGGGUAAAGAUGGUUGGACUUCGCUAAAAAGCAGUUACUCAAGCAACUAGAUAUGAUUUUGGAAACGGUCAGAUGGCAACAACACACAACAGUGUGAAUAGCCUGUAACUUAACCCGCUUCCUGCGCUCUAAGUUCGGCCUGCAAACCGCAGGUUGUAAGCUUAUAAGUACAACUUGUUGCUUGUGUCUCUCUUCUCCACCCGAGGCAUAUGUUUGUUAGCUAGUAGCUCUACCUUUAAUCCAGUAACAACGUACCUUGUGUACAGCACUAAGAUCUAGGCUGAAUGAACACGUAUUUAUUACUCAGGACAUUGCCGUUUGAUCCACACAUACGUUGUGCGAUCGUAAACGGGGCAUUCUUUGGAUCUUGUGUCCUGCAGAAUUUAUCUGUCUUGUUACAGAACAAGCUGUGGCAGUACCAGUCCUUGUGAGUGGUUUGUUCUUUCACAUCCUGCCAUAGAGUUGUACGGCAUCAAAUCGUAUGACGUCCUAGGACGAAUGUGACCGCGCCAUAACCGUUAUGUCGGCUCAUGGCAGGAACUCCAUGGCCAGUUCUGUAUUCAACUAGAAAUACUCUUAUUGUCACUGAUAUAUGGUAAUCAAGUAAUAAGUACCGAAUGUGAUUCUAUCAAGAAAAAUUAUGUAUAUAUACGAGUAACACGUUUUGGUGUUUGCCUGUGUGAAAGUUACCACUAUUGUUUAUGGACUUUCAACGCUUUGACUCCUGUAUGUAUAAAAUAUUUAGUUGAAAACGACCUUUAAUUUUCCAGCCUGUGGUUGGGAGUUAGUCGUCAGCAAUUAAAGAUCGUCUGUGGUUGGGAGUUGGUCCGCUAAGUUGCCUACUAGUCCUCAAAAGUCGUCUGCGCCAGCCAACUACGA